UCCUUGCCGUUGUACCCAGGUGAUUGUUCUGAAAGUUUUGAACUCAAACAGCGACGAUGGCCGAUGACGGUUCAUAUGAAUCAAUACUCUGUGUAAAGCCAGAGGUUCAUGUGUACAGGAUUCCACCAAGAGCCUCGAACCGUGGAUAUCGUGCUGCUGACUGGAAGCUGGAUGAGCCAGCCUGGAGUGGCAGGCUUAAAAUCACUAAUAAAGGCAAAAUCGCUUAUAUUAAGCUUGAGGAUAAGACCACGGGAGAAUUGUUUGCUCAGGCUCCAGUAGAUCAGUACCCAGGCUCUGUUGUGGAGGCUGUCACUGAUUCCAGUAGAUACUUUGUUAUCCGGAUAGAAGAUGGCAAUGGGCGUCAUGCGUUUAUCGGCCUUGGUUUUGCAGACCGUGGAGAUUCCUUUGAUUUCAAUGUGGCAUUACAGGACCACUUUAAAUGGGUUAAACAGGAAAGUGAGCUGGCAAAACAAGAGGCUAAUUUCAGUGCAGGACCCAAAUUGGACCUGGGCUUCAAAGAGGGCCAGACCAUCAAAAUCAACAUUGGGAACAUAAAGAAGAAAGACACAGCUACAGCAGGAGCAGCCAAACCCCGUCCAGCCGGCAGUGGCCUUCUCCCUCCACCUCCUGGUGUGAAGAGUGGAGGCCUUCUCCCACCCCCAGGAGCACCUCAGUCAGCAGCCCCCACACAGCCCAAUACAAGUACACUUCUUGAUUUUGGAGCCCCCUCUGCCCCCUCUGCCCCAGCUCAGCCUACUCAGGACCUGUGGGGAGACUUCACUGCUGCUGGUACCAGCUCCAGUCAGGACACUGUGAAAUCAGGAUGGGUGCAAUUUUAGGUGUUUGAAGAACAGUACACACAGACAUAUAACAAGUCCUGGUCCUCACAUCACUGUAAUAGUAUGGAGGAGAAAUGGAUUAAUAAUGUGGGGAUACAAGUGGACUGUUUCUACAGAACAGACAAUGGAACUACUUUAUUGCAUCAACAUGAACUUUCAGACACACAUAUUCACAGUUAACCAGCUCUUAGUUUCAGUGACACAAAGAUGUCUAGUCUAGUAUUUGAAAAAGUUUUUUUUUUUUCCUAUGCAAUCUGAAGAGACCAUAAUGGAUGGCUCCCUCUUUUCUUGAUUUGAAGUAUAAAUAAGUUCAUGUGGUCUUUUAUGUGUCUGUUAAUGUAUGGGUUCAGUUGCUGUGACUUUAUAUGUCUGUUGUCAUUUUGAUGGAGUUUCUAGACCUGAGUGUGGUGAUUUUUCUCUUGUCUCCUCAGGUAAACAUUGUGCAUUCCAUAUUGUUUUAAACUAAUAACUUACCUACAUGUUGAGGCACACAUUCGGCCUCGACUAUGACUCUUCCUAGAUUUCUCACAGUGAUAGAGAAUGAUCGUCCUCCCGUGGCCCCCUUUCACUUGUUCUUUCUGUCACUUCAUUUCUUUCCAUCUUUUAUAGACUUCAUCUCUGUUUUUUUUUCUCUCAGACAUCAUCUCAAACCAGUGAUUUUUCUUUUUUCUUGGGAUUUUGAACGUUUUAGUCUCUUUUGUGUUUAUCGUGAGGGGAGUGUGAAAAGGUGUUAUGUUAUGGUCAGUUUGUCUUUCCUGAAUUCUGUGCUCAUUCUGUGUAAUGGACACUGUGUG